AUGUUUCUAUCCUUCGCAAGAAAUCCAAAAGCAGGGGAAGUCAUCUUUGUGAUAGAUGCCUUGGAUGAAUUUGGUGAUCAUGGGCUGAAGCUGUUGAUCGAUAGUCUGACCACUCUUCUCCUGGAACCAAACUCUGUCUGCAAUUUCAAGUUCCUGGCAACCAGUCGUCCGUACGACGAUAUACGUUGCAAUUUCCGAAAACUCGAAGAUAACUUUCCCGAAAUUCGUCUAAGUGGCGAAUCCGAGGCCGAGGUGGCAAAGAUUUCUCAAGAAAUUAACCUCGUGGUGAAACAUAUAAUCGAAAACAUCGUUCGUGAUAAAGGGCUUCUUGAUGAUGAGCAUGCAUUCGUGACUGAGCAGCUGGAUACUCGGAAGGACCCGGAGCGAACGUAUCUCUGGGUUACUUUGACUUUGGAAUUCAUCAAGGAAACCAAAAGCUUUACCAAAGGGGAGGUCCGCAAAGCUUUGGGUACAGAUAUCCCUCAGAAAAAAGCCAUACGACUGCUCCAAAUCAUUCUUGCUGCAAAGCGACCGCUCUCGUUGGAGGAGCUCUCUGUCGCGAUGGCAGUAAAGCGGGCAGACCAAACAAGCGAUGAGGUCUUUGAAUAUAUGGAGCCCGUUGAAAGAUUCAAGACAACAAUACGAGGUCUUUGCGGGUUGUUGCUGUGGUUCAGUGAUGACAAGGUUUAUCUGCUCUACCAAACAGUUAGGGAUUUUCUGGUCCUCAAAGAAUCACCUCAAGACAAGCCUCCGAGUCUGACAUCAAAUGGGACACUCAAAUGGCAAGGCUUAUUUUCAACGCACGAAUUGAACAGUGUUCUUGGGAAAAAUAUUCUACACUGGUAUAUCCAUCUUCGAGCGUCCCCUUCUUCCGACAACAAGGAAGAAGAGAAGAUCCUGGAUAUGGCAGUUCAAGUCUGCACUGCCGGAUCCAGGGAGUACGCAAGAUGGUCUCCUUUUUACAACUCGCAGAUAUUUGGGCCAGGCACACCAGAGCAUGCGACAUCCUUGAUAACAGCAUCUUGGCUUGGCAUUUUGGGUGUUGUUAAAAAGAUACUUCAAGAUGGCUCGGUCAACAUAGAAUCUACCGAUUCAAGGCGCAGACGAACCUCAUUAUCGUGGGCAGCGAAACAUGGCCAUUCUGAUGUGGUGGAAUUGCUUCUUGAGGCUGGCGCAGAGAUUGACGCGAGGGCUCAUCAUCAACGGACCCCAUUAUUACUCGCAGCAAAAAAGGGACAUUCCGAUGUGGUGAAAGUGCUUCUUGAGGCUGGUGCAGAAGUUGAUGCGAGGGAUCACUAUCAAGGGACCCCAUUGUCAUACUCAGCAGGCCAGGGUUAUUCUGAUAUGGUGAAAUUACUUCUUGAGACUGGAGCAGAGGUUGAUGUAAGAGAUAAAAAUCAAGAGACCCCAUUGUCAUACGCAGCACGCCACGGUUAUUUCGAUGUUAUGAAAUUACUUCUUGAGGCUGGAGCAGAGGUUGAUGUGAGAGAUGAAAAUCAAGAGACCCCAUUGUCACACGCAGCACGCCGGGGUCGGUCCGAUGUUGUGAAAUUACUCCUCGAGGCUGGAGCAGAGGUUGAUUCCAGGGAUAUUGAUCAGCGGACCCCAUUACAAUACGCAGAUCAAGACUCGGAGGAUUAUUCCAAUACUGCGAAGUUACUUCUUGAGGCUGGAGCAGAUGUUUAUCUGAGUAGUAUGAGUCAACGGAUCCCAUUGUCAUGCGCAGCAAGCCAGGGUUAUUCCGAUGUUGUGAAAUUUCUUCUUGAGGCUGGAGCAGAGGGUGAUUCAAGGGAUUCAGAUGAAAGGACCCCAUUAUCACUCGCAGCAGGCCGGGGUCGGUCCAAUGUGGUGGAAUUACUUCUCGAGGCUGGAGCAGAGGUUGAUUCAAGGGAUAUUGAUCAGCGGACCCCAUUAUCAUGCACAGCUCAAGACUCGGAGGGUCAUUCCAAUGCUGCGAAGUUACUUCUUGAGGCUGGCGCUGUGCCAGCCAUAGGAGAUGAUGACCCAUAA